UCACUCCUCAUUCAUCUCCAUUCCAUUCCAUUCCUCUCUUCCCUCUUAACCUUACAAACCUAAUCUUCAACCUCAUCUCAAACACCUAACAAACCAAUAACCAAACCUAGAAAACAAAAUACUCUGUUUUCACUUCCCCUGUUUUUCCUCUGUUUUUUCAAACAUUUUUCCUUUUGGAUAAGACAAAAUGUCUUCUUCCUUGUGUCAAGGGUUUCAAUCUUGUCUUGAACAAGGUGUGAUGGAGCCACGUGUACUAACUCUCAAAUUGGCUCCACCAGGAUCAAACAUUUCACCACCUUCAUCUCCUGUAGACCAAGAGAAACCUAUCAACAUCAUCCACAAUGAAUGUGACAAAAAUGACACAAACUCUAGCUGGAGUUUCCUUCAAAAUCUCACCAAAACUGAAAAUGGAAACAACAAAGUCUAUGUUCAUCCUACUGUGAAACGUUCAGCCUCAAUGCUAAGUGAAAAAAGCUUAGAAAUGUGCACCGAAAGCCUCGGUAGCGAAACCGGUAGCAAUGCUGGUGAAAGUAGUGAUGAUCUUUCAUUGCUUUCUUAUGACGCAAGAAACGAUGUUACCAACAUCAACAACAACAGCAACAGCAUGAAUAACUGUGUGUCUAGAAGAGUUAAUAGAGCUAGUAAUUUUCCACCACCACUCACUUCAAUAACUGAUUUUGGUGGUGUUCAUGUUAGGCCUCACCGCGAAGGUGGUAGGUUGAUAUUAGAAGCUAUUGCUUCUCCUUCUGUUACUCCUUAUUUUCAUGCAGAACGUUGUGAUGGUAGGCUUAGGUUGAGUCUAGUUGAGACUGUUUAUGAUUAUGAUGGGGAUGAUGAAGAUUAUGAAGAAGAAGAGGAAGUUGAAGAUCAAGAAGAGAAAGAGGGUGAAAGUGAAAAGGAGCAUCAAGUGUGUGAAGAAGAAGAGUGUGUUGAGAAGGUUGAAGAUGAAAUGGGUGUGACAAAGUUUGGAAGACCAAGAAGAUGCAAAGAAAGUGGGAAUAGAGAUUUUUUUGGUGAUGGCUACUUUGAGAUUUCAACUCCUAUUUCUCUAUGUCUUUGAAUAUAUUUUGUUUGUAUUUUACUAUUAUUAUCCAUCUCUCUCUCUCUAUCUUGCUUCAUUUUCCUUUUAGGAUUUCACCACUUAUGAUUGGUGCUUAUUUCUCAUUGUCCUAAUAGAAGUUAGUUAUUAUAGUUUUUAGUUA